AUGCAAUUCCUGGGGAGAGAGGGAAAGAGGAUGAGAGGAAAAGUGGGGAUCGAUGACGGAUCGAGGGGAAUACCAGCGGAGAUCCAGUUCGAAGACGACCGCGCGGAAACGGUCGGCGUCGGCCCUGUCACCGUCAGAUUCCUCAACAGAUUCACGGGACACGCACUGGGCCGUUCUGCGUACCCGGAAUCCUCUCUCUUCAGAAAGCUCUUUUGGCUCUUCGUAUUCCUCAUCACCACUGCCUACAUGUCCUAUGGAAUCAUCGACAUCAUCUCUUUAUACACGACGGGCAAAAUAACAACCUCUACCCAGUAUUGUAGAGACCGCUUCGCGAAGAUCAACAGUCUGCCCCAAGGCAAGAAGUUCCUUUUGGAUGCUUCCUCACGUGUGGAUCUUGAAGGCAUCAAAAUACUCUAUUGCAGCUUCAAUGAGGAGCCAUGCAGAGAAGCCGAUUUCUCACCUGAGAAAAAUAAAGUUCUUGGAGAUUGCCUUACCUUCAAUUACCGCCGUGACAAAGACGCUCGGCAUAUCUCACAUCCUGAAACCACUUCGAACAACUCCGGUUGGGAUGGUCUUCGCCUCGCACUGGCCCCGUAUUAUCUGGAAGUUCAGCCUGUUUUGGUCAUGGGAUACAGACUCUUCAUUCGGAAACCCCAGGAUAUCAACUAUACGAUCGAUGAAGGAUUCAACGCAAACCUGGGAGAGAUUUCCCAUAUUGGCCUGAAGAUGGUGGAGUUCGAAAGAAUUCCCCCAGACCAAGGUGGGAAUUGCGCCCAAGAUACUUACCUUCUGCAGCGAUUCGACCCGGAUGUCUUUCAUAUCACUAAUAGUACAGCUUACUCCAAGCAGUUGUGCCAGGACUUGUAUGUUUCAACUCUACUGAUGGAUGACUACAACAUCUCGCUCGAUUGCCUGGUCAUGACGGAUCACCGCAAAAUUCUGGAUAUCCCUGAAGUGGAUUACGACGAGAAUUGUGAUAUAGCAUAUCGCACGUUCCGGGCUUCGACGCUAAUGCUUCGUGACUUCACCUCUUGA